AAAUUGACAUCGAGGUUUUUUUUAAUUAAUUAAUUAUUUCGUAUAACGACCAAUACGAGAAGAAAAAGUUUCUGUUUUGCAGGGUUGCAGCAGCAGAGAACGAAGUAGUGGCGGCUGAGUGGUCAACUUCCGGUCAAACUAAAUCCCCCAAUUCCAAAUUCCAAAUUCCAGAUUCCAAUUCCAAUUCCAAUUCCCAAAUUUCAAGAUUUUCAGUCCAAAUCCAACAUCUCCUCAUCUUCACAAACAAAUACAUAACUCUGUUCUUAAUCGAAAUCCCUCUGUUUAAUCGAAACUAAACUCCAUAACCAAAUCCACCAUUCUCGUACUCAUCUCAAUCCAAUCCCCUUUGUCGCCUUUCAUCCUUAUCAAAGCUCAAUUUCCUCUUCCAGAUAAGAAUAACCCCCCACGUACGGCCACUCUACAUUCCCUCUUCUUCUUCUUCUUCCUCUUUCUUUUCCAGAUCUCUCAACAUGUUUCUUCGCUAAUAGAAACACGAAAAACACCAGUUGGGGUUGUGGGAUUUUCUGUCUUUCUUUGAUUCUUCGCUGUUUACAGAGAUUUUUUUUCAUGGGUUGUGCCACUUCUAAGCUCGACGAUCUUCCUGCGGUUUCGCUCUGUCGUGAGCGUUGCGCUUUUCUUAACGAAGCCAUUCAGUUUCGGCAAGCGUUCGCUCAGGCUCACACCACUUAUAUUCUCUCUCUUCAAGGGGUUGGCAAAUCUUUGCACAAUUUUAUUGAACCGGGUUAUGAUUAUUCCGACCCCUCUUCUUCGUCUAAGCUCAAGCUUCCUCCUCAGAGAAAGGGCGAUCCUGAUCUUGAACCUUCUAAUUCUCCUCUUCAUCGUUUAUCUCACUCCAAUUCCGGUUCCCAUCUUCAAUUACACUCCGAUUCCGACGACGAUUCCAGUUCCUUUCACCAUUCCGACCACUCUUCGUCUUUGCACCAAACCCACGACGAUUUUUUUGACUACCCAGAUGGGAAUCGCGGUGGUGGAUAUGUGCAGAUCAAUUAUAUGAAGAACAAAGCGAUGCCGUCGGUGGUGCAUCAGCAGGUGCCAGUUAGUUCAGAGAGGGUUUAUCAUAUGGGUGAAUCUUCUUCUUCCUCUGCUAAUUAUCUUCAUCCUUAUUCGAAUAAUGGGUAUCCAAAUUAUGGCGGUGGUUAUGGCGGUGUUUAUGGCGGUGGUUAUGGCGGUGUGUAUUAUGGUUCUUCGCCGCCUCCCGCUUAUGGGGGUAUGUCGAAUAUGCUACCUCCGGCUUCUUCCUCAAAGCCGCCACCGCCGCCUCCCUCUCCGCCGAGAGUCUCUACCUGGGAUUUAUUUAACUUCUUUGAGACUCCGGCGAUGACGAACUACUAUGGCGGCUACACGCCGGGCAGGGAUCCAAGGGAAGUGAGAGAGGAAGAGGGAAUUCCCGAAUUGGAAGAUGUACGAUAUCACCAACCCGAGGUUGUGAAGAAGGUCUACGGUGAGCAGAAGUUCGCCGAGGACGGCGGCGAGAAGCACUCAAAGGCGAUGGCGGACGACCAAUUGAAGAUAAUGAACAAGAAGAACGUCGCCGAGGGCUUCGCGGUUGAUGACGCUGUGCAAUAUGAGUUGGGAGUUGUUGAUAAGAAGGUUGUGGAGAAGGAUAAAAAACUAGAGGACCAUGGAAAAGGAGCUCCUGCUAUUGCUGCAACAUUGAAAGGGGCAGGAGUUGGUUCAAGGGAUAUUUAUGAGGUGGUUAGAGAAAUUGAAGUUUUGUUCAAGAAAGCCUCAGAGUUUGGAGAUGAAAUUGCCAAAAUGUUGGAGAUGGGGCAGCUUCCUCAUCAGCGUAAACAUGCAUUCUUGGCUCGACCUCCCGCUACACGGAGGAGGGCAAAGUCCUCUGCGAGAGCUGGCGUUGCUGAAGUUGUUUUUGUUGAGGAUAUGGGAAUGAGAUCUGGAAAUCUUUCAUCUACCUUGAAGAAGUUGUAUAUGUGGGAGAAGAAACUUUAUAAUGAAGUGAAGGGAGAGGAAAAGAUGCGAAUGACCCAUGACAAGAAGCGCCGCCAGCUAAAACGUUUGCACGAGAGGGGUGCUGAGGCCCAGAAAGUUGAGGCCACUCAGACGUCCAUAAAUACCUUGGCAACGAACUUAAAAAUUGCAAUUCAGGUUGUUGACAAGAUUUCUGAGACAAUAAACAAGAUUAGGGAUGAAGAGCUCUGGCCACAAGUGAAUGAACUGAUCCAGGGGUUAACUAGGAUGUGGAAAGGUAUGCUGGAAUGCCAUCAUGCUCAGUUUCAAGCGAUUAAAGAAUCGCGUGGUUUAGGCCAUAUUAGAUCUGGUGGAAAGCCUAGUGAUGUCGAUCUUCGAGUGACACUACAACUUGAUCACGAGCUCAUUAGCUGGACAACUAGUUUCUCGAGUUGGAUAAGUGCCCAGAAAAAUUUUGUGAGAUCCUUGAAUAAUUGGCUUCUGAAAUGUCUCCUGUAUGAGCCUGAAGAAUCAGCAGAUGGAAUCGUUCCUUUCUCACCCAGCAGAAUUGGUGCACCACCCAUUUUUGUAAUCUGCAAUCAAUGGUCACAAGGUCUGGACAGAUUCUCUGAGAAGAAGGUAAUUGAUUCUAUGCAUGUUUUUGCUAAGAGCGUGCUUCAAAUAUGGGAGCAUGAUAAGCAAGAAGUGCGUCAAACAAUGAUAACGAACAAGGAUCUCGAAAGGAAAGUGAAAAAAAUCGACAGAGAUGACCAAAAGUUGCAAAAAAAGAUUCAGGCAUUAGACAAGAAACUGAUUCUAGUAACUGAACAUGUGCAUGGAGCUGGCAGUAGCAAUAGCCGCAGCCUGCAGGCAGAUCUGCAAUUCAUUUUCGAGGCCCUCGAGAGCUUUGCAUCAGACUCCAUGAAAGCAUACGAAGAUCUUUUGCAACGAAGCGCCGAAGAAAUUGCCAAGACAAGAGCAUGAAGAAGAUCACUUGUUUCUACUUGUGAUUUGAAUCACCAUCAGACUGCCAAACUUGGCCAUAUUGCACUAGGGACUGAAGUAAUGAACUUGGUCGUGAACCAUGCAGUCGCUAGACAUCAUAUUGAAAUGGCAGUUACAUUCUGCAGACAAACCCUCGAAUCUCAGCAGAAUGUGUCUGCUAGUGGCCGGUGAACUUGACGUGGUUCAGUUUCUCAGUACGAGGGUUAAGAAAUGCAUGGGUUAUGAGUUGAGACAAGGCGACGAGGAAGUUUGUGCCAUAUUGAGUUCAUGUCAGCUAAAAUGAAGGAUUCAAAUGUAUGGGUUAUGAGUUGAGAAAUGCAUUGAGUUCAUGUCAGCUAAAAUGAAGGAUUCAAGCAAAAUACAAGGUGAUUGGAGAGCUGGGAUGGUAUGAUCAUUACAUGUAAUUGGUAUAGUUUUUUGGUUACUUGUCAUUGUAUAUAAAGAUAUUUUUUUCUUUUUUGUAAAGAAAGUAGAUGAAAAUGAGAAGAGUUUUGAUUCUGAUUGGAAGAGGAGGAGAAGAAAAUGAUGCAGCACAACUAAAAAGGACAGACAGAAAUGAAUGUGAAAAGGAAAACUGUAAUGACAUUAAAUUUGUCUGUCUUCUCAAUUAUUUGAUGGUUCUAUGUAGUUGUUGUGGAUACAAACAAUGGAAUCAUCUCUUAACUUCACCUUUUUUUUUCCCCUAUAA